UUUCCUACACCCCAUGAGCAAACACCAGCUUCUAUAUUCUCCACCUGGAGACAUGGGAAUACAAUGCACACCUCUUUACACAGCAGAGUUGAACCUGAUAUUGAAGAAACACCCGGAAAAACUGUUAUCUCAAAGAUUGAUAAGCCUCCCUGGAAACUCGACAAUUCAGCAAAACGAGUCAGACGACCGCUGGUAGAAACCAUGAUGCCACCAGAGCCAUCACGACUUUACAAUGAAAAUCUUGGCCAUUUUUCCCAAAAAGAUAAUAUCACUGGAGUGGAUAAUUUCGUCAAACAAAAAGUAUUGGAUACUCCUAUAAUUCCGAUAUCAAAGACAACGUCGGCAUUGGUUGAAUCCUCCAACGAUGUGAAUUACGACUUGAAAGAAAAUCUAGGUCCAAUGUCUUUCCAACUGCCACCAAAAGUGCCUGAUCAACUGCAGCCUCCACGAGAACUUGACAAAAAGCAAACAAAUUGUCUACCACCAACAUCAUCAUCAGUGGCAGUACCAGCGACACCAGAACCCCUCCAAUCAUUACCUACCAUUAGUACUGCUAAUAGUAAUAACAAUAAAAAUUUGGUAAAACAGCCUGACAACAAGCUGUUCCAGCCAAUGUCCAUUUCUGCUGCACCACCAUGCCAAUAUGGUAAGAAAAUGUCAGUUAAGGGAAAAGAGUACAUUAUUCUUGGAACCCUGGGGCAGGGAAUGAGUGGAGAGGUUUACAGGGUUCAGGAUACUUCCAAUUUGGAGCUCAAAGCAAUAAAAUACGUUAACUUGGCGCGAAUGGAUCACGAGAGUGCGCAGAGCUGCUUGAAUGAGAUAAAAAUGUUAAACAAACUUCAAGCACCGAGUGUUGUAACAAUGUACGACCACGAAGUGUCAAAUCGUUCGAUAUACGUGGUAAUGGAAAUGGGCGAUACGGAUCUCAGUAGAUUUCUCAAGUCCGUAUCUGCCGAGAAGAGAACACUCCCUUUAACAAUGAUUCUCUAUUAUUGGACAGAAAUGCUCACAGCAGUUAAACAUAUUCAUGAUAAUGGAGUCAUUCAUUCGGAUUUGAAGCCAGCAAAUUUUUUACUAGUUCGAGGUAGACUUAAAUUAAUUGACUUUGGUAUAUCGUCGAGUUUAAAUGCAGAAAUGACGUCGAUUGUUAAAAGUACAACUGUUGGAACGCUUAACUACAUAAGUCCAGAAGCACUGAUGGAUGUUGGAGGCACUGGAGACUCUCCUCAUCAGAAUACUAAAUACAAAAUCAGUUAUAAAUCAGAUGUUUGGUCACUCGGUUGCAUAUUGUACAGUCUUGUCUACGGGAUCACUCCAUUUCACAAUAUUCGUCAGCAGUGGGCGAAAAUCAAUGCUAUCACCAAUCCACAUCCGAGAAUUUCGUAUUCACUGCCACCCCAUGUCGAAGCCGUUCCUGUUAUUCUCAUCGAUGUGAUUAAAAAGUGUCUUCAGCAUGACCCAAAGGCGAGACCCUCAGUAGAUCAACUGCUGCAGGUUCAAUACAUAUCAAUGGCUAGAAAUGUCCCCAUUUCUUCACCGGAUAUUCCUGCCAAUAUUCUCAUCAAGAUUAAGCAAUCUCUCCAAGACUCCGAGUGGCGAAUAUUUACUGAGGUGCUAGGACAGCGUAGACCCCAUUGACCGCAUUCUGAAAUGCAUUGUUGCCAUCGGUGUAAAUAAGCAAAGAAAAGAAAUUGAAAAACUUUCUCGCAUAAAUUCUGUCCUUUAAUAGGCGUAUCUCAAAAUGUAAUUUAUAAUUGAUAAAUCGACGAGGCCGAAAACCCCUGUGGAGAAUAAA